AUGGCAUCGUCCUCGUCCUCCACACUCUGCUCCCCAUUCAUGCGACUGGAGUUCCCCUCCACAAGAAAACAACGCUCUUUCAUUCACGUUCCCUCCAUCAGAGGCUCCGUCUCCGAGAAACCACUACCGGCAGUGUCGGUGACCUCUCCGGAGCCCACGAAGCUUCCGAUCCGCAAAAUCCCCGGUGACUGCGGGUUCCCGGUGAUCGGACCCUUCAAGGACCGUCAGGACUAUUUCUACAAGCAAGGGCGCGACGAGUUCUUCAAGUCCCGCAUCCAAAAGUACCAGUCAACGGUCUUUCGCACAAACAUGCCACCUGGCCCCUUCAUAGCCUUCAACCCAAACGUCGUCGUUCUCCUCGACGGUAAAAGCUUCCCCGUACUCUUCGACAGCUCCAAGGUCGAGAAAAAAGAUGUUUUCACCGGAACCUACAUGCCCUCCACCGACCUCACCGGCGGCUACAGAGUCCUCUCCUACCUCGACCCCUCCGAGCCCAAACACGCCCUCCUCAAACAGCUCAUGUUCUUCCUCCUCAAGUCCCGACGCGCCCAUGUCAUCCCCGAGUUCCACGCAUCGUACAAAGAACUCUUCCACGCGCUCGAGACCAACCUUGCCGCAGCUGGCAAAGCUAGCUUCGGCGACGCAAACGACCAAGCCGCGUUCAACUUCCUCGCCCGGUCCCUCUUCGCCGCCAACCCCGCCGACACCAAACUGGGCCGCGACGGCCCAAAACUGGUACAGAAAUGGGUCCUCUUCCAGCUUGGCCCAAUCCUCCGCUUGGGCCUCCCCCAGUUUCUUGAAGAAUCCACCAUCCGCACCUUCCGCCUCCCUCCCUCCCUCAUCAAAAAAGACUACCAGAGACUCUACGACUUCUUCUACUCCUCUUCCAGUACCGUCCUCGACGAAGCAGAGCGGUUGGGGAUCACGCGCGACGAGGCCUGCCACAAUCUUCUAUUCGCCACGUGCUUUAACUCCUUCGGCGGGAUGAAGCUGUUCUUCCCCAACGUGAUGAAGUGGAUCGGACGCGCGGGGGUGAAGCUCCACGCGCGGCUGGCCGAGGAGAUUCGCUCUGCCGUGAGAGACGCCGGCGGGGAGAUCACCAUGGCCGCGAUGGAGAACAUGCCGCUGAUGAAGUCCGUGGUUUACGAAGCCUUCCGCAUCGAUCCUCCGGUGCCGUUGCAGUUCGGGAGGGCGAAGAGAGACCUUGUGAUCGAGAGCCACGAUCACGCUUUCCAGGUGAAAGAGGGGGACAUGCUGUUCGGGUACCAACCCUUCGCCACGAAGGAUCCUAGAAUCUUCGACAGGGCCGAGGAGUUUGUCGGGGACAGAUUCGUAGGGGAGGAAGGGGAGAAGCUGCUGAAACACGUGCUGUGGUCGAAUGGACCUGAAACGGAAUCUCCCACACUCGGGAACAAGCAAUGUGCGGGGAAGGAUUUCGUGACCUUGGUUUCAAGGCUUCUGGUUGUCGAAUUUUUUCUUCGCUAUGACUCCUUCGAGAUUCAAGUCGGAACUUCUCCCUUGGGUUCUUCCGUUACUAUUACCUCCCUGAAGAGAGCAAGCUUUUAG